CAGGUUAAAGCUUUAUGUCUUACUUAUCUUUCUCACGACUAUCAUUCUCACGACCAUAGAAUGUUUGGGGAGAAGGUCAGGUGACUACUGAUAACAGUUGAGGUCAUGCUGGAAAGACGUUCAAUUUACCGUUGAAUCAUUCCCGUUUUUGAUUAAACGAAAAUGGACGUGUUAAGGUUCUCACAGUUGUCCUUCAUUUUGUUGAAUUUAUUUUACUUUGAAAGAGCUUUUGGGAUUUAUUAUAUACAGAUGACGCAGAAGUGUGGAUCUCGCAUCACAAUGUACGGUGACCACCAACUGUCACUGUUCUUCUCAGGCAGCCAGGCAUGUGAAGUAACCAUAGCAACGACCAGCACAUUUCCACGGAUAAUGUUAUACUUCCAGAGAUUUACAGUGAGCUGCAACUCCGGGAGCGUCAGUAUAAGAAAUGAGAAUGGGCGGCCACUAAACGGCUUGGCAAGAGAUCUCUGUGAUUACGUUUCUACAAGCGAAGUCUAUACAAACAAUGGUGAUGUCAAGAUAAAAUACACACCGGAAAUGCGACGGUCAUAUGGUGGCUUCAGUUUAAUACUUACGCUGUAUUCGGACUCAGAUGACUCGUGUCCCAUCUGGGGCCACGUAUGUGACAACGGAAGAUGUAUCGACAAGGAUUUGAAAUGCAACGGCUACAAUCCUUGCGGCGACAACUCCGGUUGUUGGACCGAUCCAAUAUCGAGUAAUUAUUACAACGGUUCUUCUUCAGUAAGCAUAGGUGUAGGUGUGGCCGUCGGUGUCCUGGUCCUUAUCAUAGUCACAGUCACGAUUAUAUGUUGCAGAAGAAGACCCACGCAGCCUAUUCCCGCCUCAGCGUCUACGAUGCAAGUUGUUUAUGCAAUACGUGCCAAUCCUGGCGAGUUUAACCAAGGCUUCUCUCAUAGUCUUUAUGGUAUAUCGAUGCAACAAACAGCAGCUAAUGAUCAACCAACACAACCCGUGUAUGGCCAACAACCACCACCGUAUGAUCCAGAUUGGGCCCCCAAAGAUAUGAAACCAAUAGACCAAGAUGGUGUCGGUGACCUUGGGAAUGUACAUGGUCAGACAGCCGCAAAAACAGGCGAAUCGAACACACAAGAAGACGUGCAUGUUUAUGACGAUAUAGCUGAUGGGCAGUCUGAAGAUCAAUGAUAGUAAUAAUGCAUAACUUUGAACUUAUGCUUAUACAACGCCCAGCUUACUAUUGGUUAUUUUAAAUAGAAUGGUUUAAAAGCAGGCAUAUAUACUUACUUUGUGAGAUGUUGAAUUUACAUGUUGUGUUAUUAGUUUAAAACAAAACUAUUUCAGUGAUAAACAUCGAUAAUAAACUAUUGCAACGAGA